AUGUUAUUAAUACUAUUCAUUGUUGCUGUCACAUGCGGUGUUACUCUCCAUUGGCUUUAUCACCACAUUUAUUUACCUUAUUUGGAUUGUCAAAUCGAUUUGAAGCAAGUGAAAAGAAUUCCAUCCAUUCCUCCGAAUUCCGAGAAUCCAAAUGCUCUCCUUGAUACGGCUGUGAUUGUUGGUGGAAGUUUUGCAGGACUCUCCACUGCCAUGGUGUUGAGUUCAUACUUUAGAAAGGUCAUUAUUAUCGAUCGAGGCCACAUGGUAGAGAAUGAAUCCAUUACAGACUCGAGACAGGGACAACAAGCGCAUGUGAUUGCUUAUCGAUCGUUAUUGAUUUGGGAUCAAUUAUUGCCAGGCUUCUUGAAAGAACUUGAAGAUUUAAUUAAAAAGAACAAAUUGAAUCAAUGGGUCUUUCCAAGCAAGGAAUUGAAAUAUGACUUUAAGGGAAUGAACAUUUCAGACACAUCUGCCAUGAGAAAGAAUCCAUUGGUUUUUGCCACAAGAGGUCAAGUAGAAACUGUGUUGCGUCGUCGCGUUCGUUCCGAAUUAGGAAAUGUAAAAAUCUAUGAAGGUUAUUCCGUCCAUUCACAAGGUAUUCAUUAUGAAAGAAAAGACGCAGAUCACUCUUUGAAAAUCACUGCAGUGACAGCCACAAAAAUUGAUGACCAAGCUUCCUCUCUCACAUUUCCUUGUGAUUUAUUUGUCAAUUGUGCUGGCGCUGGUUCUCAUCAUUUGUUGAAACACAUUGAAAAGGAAUUGCAAGUGAAAGGGUCCUUAAAAACCUCUGUUCUUACUCCUUCAAGUAUUGAUUGUAAAAUUCGUUAUCAAACCAUUCUCUUUGAACCAAAAGAAGGCACUCUUGACAAGGAUGGAAAAAUUGCUCUCAACACUGUUUGUGAAAAAGUUGUCAAUCAGAAUCGAAAAAUUGGAGAUUUUUACACCAUUGUGUAUCACAUGUUAUCGUAUCCUAGAAGAAGAGGUUUUCUUGCCAUGCCUUAUUCCAAUGAUCAAUAUUUAGUGCUCAUAGCAACCUUUAAUCAAAAGAUAGACCCAAUCGAUGAAGAAAAUGCAAAGGAACGAGUGUUUGAAUUUGCUCAACAAGGUUCCAUCGAAAAUCCAUUGCUUGAAAAAGAUGUUCGACAAGUCAUGUCAAAAUUCAAAGAUCGAGCUGUGAAGGUCAUUCCCAUCUUUGAAAAAAGUGGAAGUGAAUUUGUGCAUUAUGAAAAAUUGAGAAAUCAAUUAGAAGGAUUUUUAGCUUUGGGUGACUCUGUGGCAAGUUUGAAUCCUAUUUAUGGACAGGGUGUCACAAUGGCUGCUGAAUCGGUCUUACUCUUAAAUGACCUUAUUCAGAAACAAUUGAAAAUUUCCCAAAAAGGAAAUCUUUUUAAUGCUCGAUUUUGUUCGAGUGUUCAAGAGGCCCUUUCAAAAUCCUAUUUCAUUCCAUGGCUUCUCUGCUCCACCACAGAUCUCAGUUAUGACUUUGCCAAAUUCACUAAAGAUCUUCAAUUACAACGUCUCAUCAGUCCCAUCAUGUGUUGGUUGUUGGAUCGAUUGUUUUUAGCAGCAAGUCAAUAUUCAUGGGCUUCUGAAUACUUUUUGAGAGUGGUUUUGAUGGAACAAGGUUUUCGAAAAGAGUUGUUGAAUCCAGUGUGGUUGUUUGGAUACUUGUUUUGGAAAGAGAGUUUGGCGAUGGUGUGUGGAGUGGUGGCCACAUUGUAUUUCAUGAAAUUUGGUUCUUUUUCUUCGUAUCCAUAG